UUGCCACUCUCGGUUGGGCUUUGGACUGACCCCUCCGCAUUCCUGACAAGUGAGUAAGCGGAUAAGGUCGUGAAAGUGACAGAUUCCAGUCUCCUCCUCCCAGUGCUCCCCACCCCGCACCAGCGCUUAAUCGCCCCUCGUCCGUGUCCUUUGCGGACCAAGUAGCACCUAUGUGCGCCCCUGUAUCCAUCUGAUCUGUUGGGAAAAAGACCCCAACAGACAGACCCUCCCCGCGAGGGCACCCCGUGCGUCCCUUUGGGGGUGCGAAUUGCACUGCCCCUCUGAGAUGAUGGACAAACUCAGACCACUCAAGCUAACUCGCUCCCCUACAGGGGUCCGCAGGAAUUCGUCUGCCGCCACUUCCUAAAGGUGACGAGAUUUGGGACCCUGACAGUGUCUCCGCGACUUUCUUACGUAACGAGAUGAGGUCUGGCCGUGGUAGCUUGCGCUCAGGAACUUGUGGGUCCCCCAGGGUCCAAGUGUUAGGCCAGUCCUCCUCCUUGUUAGAGGGUGGCCCCAGCCACGCCCUCUGUCUCCAAGCGCCUCGGUCUCCUGAACUAGGCGCCCUGGCGGAUCCGGUCGGCUAGCUCCCCUUGAGAGCGCGUUUGUGUGUGUGUGUGUGUGUGUGUGUGUGUGCGAGGCCAAGCUCUAGGCAGCCCCUCUCCAAACCCUCUGGGUGACGUGCACCUUCUCCCGAAGCCCUGUAGGUCCUAGGGAUUACGGAACCGCCCUCCCCCGGCCCCCAUUCUAAGCCCUUCUCGCCCAAUCUCGUCUUCCAAGAGCUCCGCAAUCCAGGCUUUCCUUGAAUUAGUUGGUAACAACACUGAUGAAGGAAAAGAGGACAAGGAGAUUCAGGAGGGUAGCGUGUUAAGCCCCUCGUAGGGCGGCGCGCAUGGGGCCGGUUGGCGGGGCGGGUCCCCCUUGACAGAGGUGCGGGGCCCCCUGGAGCCUGCGCUGCAGGCCCCGCCCGAGGACCUCGCAGGCAGGGCCGAAUUUACUCAUCCCCGGGCGAGGUGAUCCCGGGCGCGAGGGCGGGCGCAGGGCGUCCGGAGGACCCAGUAAUCCGAGAACGCAGCAUCAGCCCUUCCCACCAGGCACUUCCUUCCUUUUCCCGAACGUCCAGGGAGGGGGACCGCUCACUUAUAAACUCGGGCCCGAGCCUGGUGGCCUGUCAGAGACUGCCUCGCCACAGCCGGACGCGCCGGGUCGGAGACAGACGCGAGCAGCUGUCGCCGCGGGCUCCCCGCCUCUCUCUGUCCCGGCCGGGACCCUGUGCGCCGCGUGCGGACACCAUGCUGCGCGUCCUGCUCCUCGGCGUGCUGGCCCCCGCGGGCCUGGGGCUCCCGGCGCCCCCUGAGCCUCAGCCGCUCGGCGGCCAGUGCGUCGAUCUCGACUGCUUCGCCGUCUUCCGGGGCCCCGCGACUUUCCUCGCCGCCAGCCGAGUCUGCGAGCGCCUGCAGGGCCACCUGAUGACCGUGCGCUCCUCGGUGGCCGAAGAUGUCAUCUCCCUGCUCCUGAGCGGCGACGGUCAGCGCCUCUGGAUCGGUCUGCAGCGCCCGCCAGGCUGCGACGACCCAGAGCACUCCGGGCCCUUGCGCGGCUUCCAGUGGGUGACGGGCGACAACCGCACCAGCUUCAGCAGGUGGGCGAGACCUCGCGACGACGGGGAGCGCCUAUGCGGUCCGCUGUGCGUCGCCGUUUCGGCGGCGGCCGGGGCGCUGGCACCGGGAGAGCCCGCCUGGGAGGAGCGGCCGUGCGACGCGGAGGCUGACGGCUUCCUCUGCGAGUUCCACUUCGCCGCCUCCUGCCGGCCGCUGGCUGUGGAGCCUGGCGCCACGGCGGCCGCGGGGCUCUCGAUCACCUAUGGCACCCCUUUCGGAGCCCGCGGCGCAGACUUUCAGGCGCUGCCGCUGGGCAGCACCGCCGCGGUGGCGCCCCUCGGGGUGGAGCUGGAGUGCGCGGCGCCGCUGGGAGAGACCGAGGGGCGCUGGAGCAGGGAAGCCCCAGGUGCCUGGGCCUGCGGCGUAGAGCGCGGCGGCUGCCAGCACGAGUGCAAGGCGAGUGCCGGGGCCUCGAACUGCCUGUGCCCGGCCGACGCCGCCCUGCAGGCGGACGGGCGCUCCUGCGGGCCGCCGGCCGAGCACCCGUGCCACCAACUCUGCGAGCACUUCUGCCACCUCCACGGGCUCGGCAACUACACGUGCAUCUGCGAGGCAGGCUACCAGCUGGCCGCCGACCAGCACCGAUGUGAGGACGUGGACGACUGCGCGCAGGUGCCCAGUCCGUGCCCGCAGAGCUGCGUCAACACUGAGGGCGGCUUCCAGUGCCACUGCUUCCCAGACUUUGACCUGGUGGACGGCGAGUGCGUGGAGCCCGUGGACCCGUGCUUCGGCAAUAGCUGCGAGUACCAGUGCCAGCCGGUGGGCCGGUCCGAACACCAGUGCAUCUGCGCCGAGGGCUUCGCGCCUGUCCCCGGCGCCCCGCACAAGUGCCGGAUGUUCUGCAACCAGACUUCGUGCCCGGCUGACUGCGACCCCCACAACCCGGCCAUCUGCUGGUGCCCUGAAGGCUAUAUCCUAGACGAGGGCUCCGUGUGCACGGACAUCAACGAGUGUGACAACGGCAUCUGCCCUGGCCAGUGCCACAACCUCCCUGGCACUUACGAGUGCAUCUGCGGGCCUGACUCGGCCCUCUCUGGCCAGACUGGCACCGACUGUGACCCCAUCCAGGUGAAUGAGGGCCAGGGCACCCUGGAGGACAAUGACGGCUCUGGGGAGCCCCCGGUCAGCCCGACUCCGGGCGGCACCGCACGCCCCUCGCCAGCACCUGCUGGUCCCCUGCACUCGGGCGUGCUCGUGGGCAUCUCCAUCGCAAGCCUGUCUCUGGUGGUGGCGCUUCUGGCCCUCCUUUGCCACCUGCGCAAGAAGCAGGGCGCCUCGCGGGGGGAGCUGGAGUACAAGUGCGGGGUCCCUGCCAAGGAGCUGAUGCUGCAGCAGGUGAAAACUGAGCGGACACCUCAGAAACUCUGAGAAGCCUGGUACCCGGACAUCCCUCCCUCCUCCCGGCCCCGCAGCCAUUCUCUCCAACUCCCCUGCCCCAAGCACCUCAGCUGGCAUCAGAAUAGAAGCCCCCUCACCCCUCUUCUUUCACUGCUUCUGCACUUGGCUAUGGAGGAGAGGAAGGGGGGCGUUGGAAGUUCGGCCCUAGCCACUUCCAUGAUGUCAUCAGACAAGCGAGCAGGGAUGACAGCUUCAUUGUGACAGGUUGCAAAGUGCCCUGUGCCCUCACCAAGGGGCACUGGGUGGGGGUGUGUGUGUUCUUGUUUGGCAGCCUGGGGGCAGACAUCAUUCCAGCGGACUGAUGAAUGACACUGAGUCAAGGAUAAUGACCCCUAUAUUUAUUUUUUGUUCUGCUUUUUCCCUACCGGGUGUGUCUCCAACACCUGCUUUGCAUCUCUCCCGCCUUCCUCCCCUCCCCUCCCCUCUCCCUCCUGCUCUAUCUAUUUAUGUGUGUGCUCCCAUUUGUUAUGGGAUCCUUACACUAUCUUGGUGAAGUUUUUCCAGCUCUCUUGUGUUUAUGAAGCUAAGCCCCAUUUCAUCCUUUUCAUUUCUCCCAACUUUCCCUUUCCAGGAACUCGGCUGACCUACCUGAGCCACCCUGUCUCUAUUGGACCCUACUUUUCUGCUCUUAGCUGUCUGCCUGGGCAGAACUACUUUGUGAAACAGAAAGAAAAACACUAGAAAUAAGAAUGGUUGAGAAUCUGUUCUUUCACCAGAGUUGCUAAUUUAUCCUGAGAUUUCAGGCUUCCAGAGCAAUAGCAUUUUAAGAAAGGUUAAAAUAUAAAGGGCAUUUAUUAGACUCAUGUUGCUGGACUGACCUAGGAAUUCAACCCAAGAUUUUCAUUUUUUAUUUUCAAACAAUGAACCUGGGUUUUACUGUUGUUGUUGCUGUUUUGAUUUGGAAAGUAGUCAUCAUUAAGCUUCUUAUGCAGUGUCUUUCCCUAUGAUUAUUAUUAGUUAUUUGUGAAAAUAUUGAAAAUGGUUGUUCUGAAUUGAGAGGAGAUGGAAGCCCAUCCCAGGAGACAGUGCAAGAAAGUUUCAGCUGCAGAAUUCACGCCAGUGGCCAUUUGGACUCUCAUGGUCCUUGUCAUUUGUGGGCCCAAAUAAAACCAGCUCUACUGGUAUUUUGGGAAUUUGGAAGCUUGGGGAUGGAGGCUGCAGCAUGGCCUCUUCUUGAUCAGGCCCUCCAGGAUUUCUCCCACUUUGGAGGAGAGUUUUCUGAGCCCAGCCAUUUGGAAUGCAGUCCGGGAGGCAGGAGCUGCCCCGGCAAGCUGGUUAGAAAUGCCCUCAGGCGCCAUCCCACCUACUGCACAGGAAUCUACAUUUUAACAAGUUCAGCAGGGGGCUGUCUGCUCCGUAUAUUUGAGGAGAGCUGUUCCAGACAGCUGCCAACGUUCUGGAACAGAUUAAAUAUGAGUAAUAAGUAGCAGGCCAAGUUAGGCCCUAUAUUCAAGAAACUGAGGAAUUAACUGAGGAAUUUUCCUUUUAUAGCUUUGCUUUCUGGUAGAAGAGCCUAGGUACACACCUUUAGACAUUGCUACACAGGGUCUCUGGUUCAAGUAAGCUAGGAAUGAAAUGCUUAGUGUAUGGAAAAAAAAUGUAUCAUGUAAAUGUAUCUUUUGUAAUGCAAAGGUUUUCCUCUAUUGUUUUGUAAACUCAGCACAUUUGUACAUAGUUAUUUAUUUAUUGGAGACGAACUAGAACACAGGCAAAACUCCUGCUUAUGAUGUCACUUGUAGAAAAUAAAUAACAGUGCUCUUGG